CGCCUCUUCGAAUCCGGUUGGAAAGAAAGAAAGAGCCGCGGACAGCCUUUCCGAGAGGGGAGAGGAAGUGGGGGAAGGACGCAGGAUAGAGCGGGAGCGGCCGGUUGUGCGUUUCUCCGUCCUGGUCGUUGCUUUAGCUUCCGGCAUGAGGGUGAGGGUCUGGGGUGGUCGCUAUGGCAACAGUGCGCCCUGCCACUAAUCCUCCAGGCCCGACGCGCGUCCCUCGAGAGCCCCUUUCUCUGCUCCCGCUCUGCUUUCCUUCCGUCCCCUUUUAAGGCUUGGCCUCGUAGCGGAGUGACUGAAAGAGAAAGGAACGGGCAGGGGCUGGCCGAGUGAGCGGCGAGCCGGGGAGUCUCAGUUCUAACCUCUCCUGCCCUGGGACAGGCGCUCCGGCCUGACAGAACUUAAAGGUUCUUGAAGAUUGGAUUAUCUGAGUCAGUUAUGUAAGGAGCAUAAUGAUGGAUGAAACUAUUGACUGUAUGAAGAUGGAUGCUGGGGACUAUAUCCAAGCUAAUCAUACUUCUGGGUUCAAGACUUUUCCUGAGCAACAGAAUGUUAUUUCAGGAGACCAGCAUCCAUUGUCUGGCAACAAGUUUUUAUCAAACAAGUUUAACAGCUUGGAGGGACCUUCCACUUGUCUAACAGGAAAUACUUCUUGUAGUUUCAAUUACUAUCCGGAAUCCCCAUGCUUUGAGAGCUGCCAAGCAACAGGAAUAAAAAGAACAUUUGGAACAAGUGCCAAUGGUCAGUGGAAGAGUUGUAGCUCCGCUCUUGGCUCUGUUUCACAGAAGCCCAGAGUAAGUCGCAGUGUAUAUUUUGAAACGCGCAAAAAUCCAAGUGUGACUGCAAAUUCCUUUGUAGGAAAAUCAAACCACCAUUGUCACAUUUCGGCCUAUGAAAAAUCCUUUCCAAUUAAGUCUGUUACUAGUCCAUCAUGGAGUGCUUCAUGUCGUCGGAGCUUACUAAGUCCCAAGAAGUCUCAAAGAAGGUUCAUCACCACUGCAGAAGAGACAGUUCGGGAAGAAGAGAAAGAAAUAUACAGGCGGCUGAUUCAAAUGGUUACAGGGAAAAAUUUGUCAGCUUCCAAGGCCUCUUCAUUAUUGUCUCUUCACCUGCCCAGGUGUGCAGGUUCCAGUAAAAUAACUGUGAAAGAAACUGAAAACAAAUGUAUGAAACCUUUUGAUGUUUGUGGCCCUUCUCUGGUCAACCAGUCAUCCAGUCUUCUCAGGAUACAGGAACAGCAUUCUGACAAACCACUGCCACAACCAGUUUGUAGUUUCACUUCCCCUGUUAACUUUGAUCCCAAGAAGACUAGUAUACCCAUACAGCAAACAAAUCUACCAGCAUUGGAUGUGCAGACCGAAGGAUCUGAUUCAGUAAUAAUGCUAAAUGGCAAAGACUUCAGAUCUCCAGCUCCAAGUACACCUUUCUUUGAGGCUGAACUGUGGAUAAAAGAAUUAACCAGUGUAUAUGACUCCCGAGCCCGUGAGAGAUUGCGACAUAUAGAGGAGCAGAAAGCCUUGGCAUUGCAAUUACAGAAUCAGAGACUGCAGAAACAGGAGACCUCAGUACCUGAGUCAAUAAACUUACAUCUUCGAGUUCCUCUUGAAAAGGAAAUUCCUGUCACAAUUGUCCCAGAAGACGGUAAGAUAGUGGAUGGUGAAGAUGAAUUUCCUGAAAUUACAGAGGAAAUGGAGAAAGAAAUAAAAAAUGUAUUACGAAGUGGAAACCAGGAUGAAGUGUUGAGUGAAGCCUUCCGAUUAACCAUCACUCGGAAAGACAUUCAGACUCUUAAGCAUCUCAACUGGCUCAAUGAUGAGAUAAUUAACUUCUACAUGAAUAUGCUGAUGGAAAGAAGUAAACAGAAAGGCUUUCCAACUGUUCAUGCAUUUAACACAUUUUUCUUCACCAAGUUAAAAACUGCUGGGUAUCCAGCCGUGAAACGUUGGACUAAAAAAGUAGAUAUAUUUUCUGUGGACAUUCUGUUGGUUCCUAUUCACCUUGGUGUACAUUGGUGCCUAGCAGUUACUGACUUCAGGAAAAAAACCAUCACCUACUUUGAUUCAAUGGGUGGAGCCAACAGUGAAGCUUGCAAGACGCUCUUGCAGUACUUAAAGCAGGAAAGUCUAGAUAAAAAGCGCAAGGAAUUUGAUACCAAUGGCUGGAUGCUCCUGUGUAAAAGAAGCCAGGAGAUCCCCCAACAAAUGAAUGGCAGUGAUUGUGGGAUGUUUGCCUGUAAAUAUGCUGACUGCAUUACCAAAGACAAACCAAUCAACUUCACUCAACAACAUAUGCCUUACUUCCGGAAACGAAUGGUCUGGGAGAUCCUCCAUCGUAAGCUGCUGUGAUUUUAUGCCAAGUAAGACUCUUCAGAGACUGAUGACCCCAGCUGUACUCUUCUUGGCCAUCUCCAAGUGGACUGCAUGGGUUUCCUCCACUGACAAGACUCUGUACAUUACAUUUGGUGUCUUUAAAAAGAAAAUAAAUCUAUUUCUUGGACCAGUGUGCCAUGCAGCCUUUUAGAAGCACACACUUUUUUUUAAUAUUUUGAAACCUUAUUUUUUACAAGGGACAUUUGGAGACUCAGAGGAGUGCAGCUUUUUAUCUUCGAGAUUUCUGCCUUUUUCAAAAUGGCCAGCUUCUGCAAAGAACUUGAGACCUGCCAGUGUUCAGCUGCUAGGGCCUUGGGUGCAAGGGAAGCACUUGCAACCUUUUCUUGGAUCUGUCAAGACCUAGAGAAGAACUGAUGUCAUAGCACUAAGUAAAUAUGGGUUUUCCACAUUGCAAUUGCUGCAGCUAGUUAUUUGAUGCAAAACAUGCAGGAAUUUGUGUCUUGGGAAACCUGUUUGGCCCAGGCUUUCCAGACAUAUGCGUGUUCAUGUGUUUCCUGCUUCUUAUAACCUGCUGUUAAUAACAUGGACAAUUCUCACAGCAGCUGUAACAACUCAGACUCCCUUUUGUUCUUAAUCUAUUAGAGAGAAAUGAAAUUCCUUGAGAAUGGAAAGAGAAUAGACACCAGCACAUGAAAAAUAACCACUUGCUCUACCUUCCACCAUGGCAAUGACCUCUUCGAUUCUGUAGUAGGGCUGCCCAGUGGAAAACGAACAAUCCUUUAUUGAUGCUUUUAUUUUGGCAUUCAGUGUUUACUUUGUCACAGUAAAUGAGUUAUUAACCGUCCUCUGACUACAUAUUCAGGACUUACCAUUGAUCCUAAAGAAAAAGAAGCAUUUGUGGGCAGAGGCAUUCUGCACUGAGAGCCCUUAUUCUUCACUGCCUCCCCUAAACCUGAGCCCUUCUUGAAUCUGAAAAAGAAAAGUCAGAUACCUUUGUGGCCUAGAUCACUGCGUUCAGAUGACUGGGAUUAUCCCCAUUGAAAGCCAGCAUUUUUUCCUUAACCAUAUUCUUGCUAUGUGAUCAGAAACUGAGUUUCAUGAAAAACUAAAAUUUUGAAGAGUUGGUGCAUUACAUUCUCAAUAAAAAUAGGAUUUAUAGCAAACUAAACAGCUGUAAUGUCAGUGGGAUGUUCAUUUGACAGAGGAUGGAAUAGUUGUUGAUCUUUCAGCUCUUUGUAGAAUUAAGGUACAAUAUAAUUUGUUUUAAAACAUUAAUUAUUGGUAAACAGUUUUUAUACUAUAAAUAUAUAA